CAAAUUUGAAUUUUAGUUAAUUUCUAGUAUUAUAAAUUUUCUGGUCUGAGAUUAACAUGGCUUCAUUAAAAAGAGUUUUAAGUAUCUUCUUGAUGAUCACCUUCUCAACUUGUGUUGUGAUUCCAACAGUGCAAAGGACAUCUUUAAUGCCUUAUGGUCUCACUGACAUCAGUGAUCCUAGACAUCACUAUUCUUUUAUUUAUCACGAUUACAAAUCUUACAACCAAAGGAAAGAUGCCACUCUGCAAGAUGACAUCCACAGUGGCUUCUUCAGAGUUACAGAUGAUGAGAUAAUCUACUUGGUCAGGAGAAGCAAACAUGAUUUGGGCAGAUAUAAACUUGUCAAAUAUGAUAUGACAACUGGGACUACAGGCAAUCACUCAUCCCACCAACCCAGAGGAGUUCCUAGAGUUUAAGAACAUGGAAAUAUACGGAUUCACAAUGCAUAAAUUCCCCACAAUCGAUGGAAUUCUUGCUGUAGUCUCUGAAUUUUCGAGAUUACAAAUAUCUUACAUUGAACUGGAUGCUACAACUCAGAAGGAGAGGAAGAGGAACCUUAUCUUUGAACAAGAGAACACAUCUCCUCCUGAGUUGGAUGCAAUGAUCCAUCUGAAAGUCAAUGUGGAAGAUAUUGACCCAGCAAACGGACACUAUAAUAUCUUCUUUGAAGAGUCAGGAAUUUAUACAAAGUUCAGCAGUGAAGCAAAUAUAAGCGGAGGCAACAAGUGCUAUCUCGUUAAAUAUAGCACUAAGUACAAGAAAGUCCUUUUUAUGAGGUCUGGAGAAGAGAGAAAUGACAUUAACCAUAUCCAGAAUUCCUUCGUCCUUGAUAAUGGAAAUGUUUCAAUCGGUAUUAAAGGAGAAGAGAAAAGGGAUAUCCAGAACACAGACUACAGUGAACAAAAUCCGAUAGAAUUUCAUGAACCUUGCAUUGCUGUGUACUCCUCAAGAUCACUUAUAUGGGAAGGGUGAUACGGCACAAAGUUUAGCACGAAGCAAGUCUAUAGUGACAUCCAUGCUAAUAGGGUCUACCUACUCUGGCAAGAAUUUGAUAUAGUUAAUGAUGCCAUGGAGAACAUUGUGCUUAAAGUGAUUGAUCAGGACACUGGAUUAGAGUUAUUGGCAAAGACCAAGAAGUACACUGGCGGAGCUGUUCAUUCUCCAAUUGAUAUGGCCAUCAACCAUCUUGGGAUAUUCUUACUUGCCAAUAUUGGUGAUGGCUUCCAAGAUUUAGAGAGUUUGGAUACCUAUACGACCCAGAAUGCGAAUACCAACUUUGCAAUCAUUUAUAUAGAUCAUGACGGGAAUAUACUUGAAAUUGAGAGUUAUGAUACAUUUGAUUUAGCAAAUGACCUUGGAGCAAAUUAUCCGAAAAGAUUGGUGAUUGGAGUUACCAAUAAGCAACAACCAGUUUUCACUUUUUUGAGUUCGAGAGAUGACAAGAAUGAUUAUCAGGGAGGAGGGAUCUUUGUGACCCAAUCAGCUAAUAAUUCAGCUCUGUUUGCUACUGGAGAUACUCUAGCUGCUUGUAGCUCUGUGGCUCCUAAUUGUGAAUUAUGCAGUUCUCAUGGUUGUCUCAAGUGUUCACCAGGAUACAAACUUCAAAAUACUGAAUGUAAACUGACAUGAGACAUCGGAUAUUUUCAAGUCAAAGAUGACCCUGAUGAUACACUUGAUAUUGAUAUCUGACUUCCAUGCCACAGGUCUUGUCUUACUUGCUCCGAUUCAACUGAAGCUGGCUGCUUGACAUGCACUGCUGACAAAGUUCUUAAUUCAACUAAGAAAACUUGCACAUGCGACCAAUCGAGCGGAGACAAAUUUAUGGAUGGAGCCGGAGCAUGUGUUUCUUCAUGAGGGGAGUUACUUACAGGAAGAUACAAACACCAAUGUGUUCGUUCUUGUCUUGAAGACUCUGAUGAUUAUGUCCAAAGAUCAUCUCUUGUUCAACCUUUUACAAAAUCCACUGCUAAUAAUUGAGAAUCCACAACCCAGCAUUAUAAAGUGACUGAAGGGACGACUAACAAUCUUGAAAUAUAUAAAACAAGAAGAGGAGUUAAGAAGUUCAGUUUCACAUCAUGGGUCAGAAUAUCAUCUGCAUCAGCGAUAGAGUUUGACUUGUACACUAUUGACAAUCUGAGUUUGACAGGGACUCAAAAUCCUUCAACAGGGAAAAUUUCAAUCUCUCUCAAAGAAUUUUAUAAUGCCACUCAAACAUAUCGUGGGAUUUAUAAUGUUCCUGGAGACUUUAGUCUUAAUGAAUGGGUGUAUAUAGGAGUUUCAAUAUCCCCAAAAGGAAGACUAGAUGAACUAUUUACCAUUUACUUAGUCUCAGAAACAUUAGCUGGGGUCCAAAACCAAGCGAUUUACACAGAUAAACAGCUAGAUACAGGAUAUAGUGACAUUGAUCAGAUUCUUGCUGGGUUUACCGAUAUCUUAUUCAUGAUUGGAGGUCAUGAUGUCACCCAAAAAGUACAGUACACAGGCUUACUGAAUGCAAUCAACAUUUACUCUAAUUUCCAGACUCCAGUUGAACUGCUAAGCAAUAAGAAUCUGAAAGCGCUUCGCCCUAAUAGGAUAUAUCAUCCAGAUUUAAAAAUAAGCAUGACACUUACAUCAAGUUAUGUGCCUGGGACUCCUAUUACUUCUCAGUACAUGGUGGUCCAAUCGUACUUAAUUGAUGAAUCAUCAGAAAUCAAAGCAGAAACUUUAGCCGCUGAUCCUCUUACACUUUGUGAAUUUUACAACAUUGAGAGAAAGUGUAGCUCUAUAAGCACAGAAGAGACCAGCGAGAUUUAUCCGAUAGUAGAAAGUUUAUACUCGCAAUCAGGCAUCCCAGCUGGAGGGACCAACCAAGAAGAUAUCAUAAUUGUCCUUGAUCGUAUUGAUAUGAACAAAAUAGACAUUGAAUUGAAACUCAAGGAAUCCAACAAUCAAUCGGCCCCACUAGGACAGCAUAAUGUCAUUCAUCAUUUUUCAUCUGAAGUUGAUAAAAGUGUGGUGAAACUAGCAUAUUAUAACUCAGCCACUAAAGAGAUAUUCAAUGUUGGAAUUUUUGCAAUCGCUGAUAUUAUUCCAGCGGUUUACCCAGAUCAUGGUAAAACAUUGAUUCCAAGCGCCGAGAAAUAUAAUUUCACUUCUUCUUCAAGAUAUUUAUCAAUGGGUGAGCUCCAAGAGAAGAUCUCUGGGUGUCCAAGUUGUCCCCAAGAAAACAUAAAGGAAUACUAUAGUGAGAUUAUUUCAUUUUCAGAAGACUGAAAUAAUGUGCAACCAGCUGAUCUAAAGCUCCAAAGACAAGUAGAUGGAACUUUCCCAGAGCUUGAAACUGCCUUAAUGACUACCCCAGGGCAAUACAGGAUUUGCUGGAAGUCUCCAAUGAUAGAGAAGGAAAUAUACAUACCAGCAAGUGAAUCUGAAUGGGUUGUUAGAGAUGUUCCUAGUGUAAAGAGCAGUUGCUCUUUUAACGAAUACCCAGGAUUUGCGAUUAUUUACCUGAAUGAGAAUGCACUGGUUGGAGAUGAAUUCCAGUUUUACAGAGGAGUGAUAGACUGUCAGGCAGGAAAUGAAGUAGAUGGCCUCACCCUUGAUAACACACUGAGCCUUCUAUCUUAUUUUACUCCAAAUACCACAGAUAAGUUACAUCUUUGAUGGAGAGAAAAGACCAGGGUUGACACUUUCACGCCAUGGAUGAAAGUCUCAUACUCUAAUGGAACUUCGUAUUCUGCAGCAUCAUUUGUUAUCGAAGAAAAGUAUAAAAUGAUGCCAGUUAUCACCCUCAUGAGCCAUGCUCGCAAUGGACCUGUUUAUGAGGGAGAGGAAAUCUGGGCCCAGUUAGACAAUUAUUAUCGGAACAUAAGCACCUUGAAAGUUAGCUGUAAUGCUACUUUGAAAUAUAUGAAUGAUCCAAUCCAAAUUCCAAUAGAGUGAGGUAGAUCUGGAGAGCCAGUAGGAAGAUGCUACUUUCAUGACAUCCCCUUCUAUCCUGAUAGAGAAAUCAUAAUCUUUAUCUUACCUCAAUGUAUCUCCUAUACUGAUUCAGGAAAUGAGUAUUUCUUCUUAGGCAAUACUGGACCAGAAAAUACCUAUCAUGAGAUAGUAUUAUACCAAGCCCAAUCAAGAUUUAAUAAUGGAGAGCAGAACUUGACAUAUUCUUCAUCAAGCUUGGCGAUAUUUGGCAUCAACAAAGUUGGGGCUCAACCAAAAGCAGUAGGGUUUACACCUCAAAAGGAAAACAAUUUAGCCAUAUAUGAAAAGUCGAUUUUUUAUUAUAGUUCCUACGUCAUAAGUAUGUGGAUCGAUUACAACACAACUUCUGCUUGCCAAGUGCCAGUCGGAAGUAUCCAAGUCAAAACAUUUGAUGAGACUAAUGUCUACUCAACUAAUUUUAACGCUGAUGAAGGAAACUGCCCAGUAGGAACAGAAUUCACUGCAGAUAUUGUAGUCAGAACAACAUUCUUGCCCAAUUUCAGGGAACACAUUGCUCAGCAAAUACCUGAUGCGGGGAUGAUCCAUCAUGAAUAUUAUCCAGAUGCAUAUAAAUUCAAAUACGGUUGAGAUCCAUCAUGAAAAUACUGAUUUGAGACUGAUCCUCACAAAUGAAUCAUCUGUAGUGAGGAAUAUCCUUACUAUAAUGGCACUACCAAGGAGUGAUUCCAGACGGAGGGUGCUGCCUUAACCAUUAACAAGAUUAUUACACAACAAGAGCUUAAGCUGCUAUAUGGGAUACUGGCAGCAGCAGAUGAGAGUAUGCAGGUGGGGGUGUGGGAGUGCCCUGAUGGGUAUUAUAGAAGCCAUAACAUGUGAAGUAAGUGACAUGAAGCCUGAUUUAAGUGCAUUGGACCGUUUCCUGAAGAUUGUGCUUCUUGUAAUUUUCCUACUCCUUUUCUUUCUGGAAAUACUUGAAUUGCUCAAUGAGAUUCCUUGUCGCAUCAAUAUGAUUUCAAGCAAUAUUCGUGUCUUUCCAACUCCGACUUUACCAAUGCAGUCGCUUCUUCUAAACCAGAGUGCCAAAAUAUUAACUAUGUAUCAAGUGAUGAAACAGAGCUGAUGAGCAUAUCUUUGCUGUUAAACGAUGACAACUCUACUUUUCUCAACAGUCCUUCAUCAAUAUUAGAAAUGGUGAUUCAUAACAAGAGAGGAAAUGUAACCUCUUACAAAUUUACCCAGACAUUUCCAAUUCCUAAUCCUGCAGAUCCACUGACCAAUAUUUUACCUCUGAUUGCUGGACAAACUGACAAAUAUGUUAACGAGACAAAUAUUGUCAAACUCAGCAAGACCACCAUCGAUAACUACCCUGCUGGGUCAAAAUUCUUGAUAAUGUCUGAGGCUCAGAACGAUUGUGGAGACAGAGCAGUUGCUUACAUUAGCUUGUUUAAAGAACCUCUCCCGAUUAUUGGAGAUGCCACGAUUUCAUGAGUGUCUUCUCCAUGCAAAAUCCUAGAACAAAUAAACAUUACUUUGACUGGAGAUUGGUACAGCCAUGACUCAAGUUCGAUGCAACUAUACAUUAAGAUUAUGUACGAACUGCCUGACGGGGCCAGAGUGUAUGCAUACCCAAGCGCUUGGGAACAAAAAGAGUUCAGCUUGGUCAUGCCAAUACUGCUAAGAGAGGAGGAUUCAUCACUAAUCAUAAAUAUCAUCGUCACUGCAACCAACUUAUUCGAUAACUCGUCAACACUGACAAAGACAAUUAUAGUGGAUAACACAGUUGAAGGAGGAAUAGCUACUAGAGUGUAUGAAGACUUCGGAAUCCAAGAGUCAAUUGGCAGCGAAAGCGAUAGCUUGCAUACAGUUCUUGUACCUGCUUUGAAACCUCCUAUGGCAAGUCUGUACUGUAAGUAUGAUUCCGAAUGUUCAAGUAAUGGUUACUGAAAUUAUGCAAUUCAGUCUUGCAUAUGCAGUGAUGAGUAUACUGGACUUGAUUGAUCUAUUUACUCAACAGACUACUCGAUAUUACAGGCUCCUAUCGCAACUCAGCUCAUUAGACUUGGCAACAAACUUGCGCCUUCUCAAUUCCAGUCCAGGGUCGACUUUGAAGACGAUUUCAUUCUGUUCUGUAACCUCUUGGUCAGACCUGAGUUUGUCCCAUACUCUUCUCUGAGUAUUGUUGUUAAAGUAUUUACAAGUGUGGUAUCCAUGAGCCCAUCUUUGUUUUCGGUGGUUUCUCAAGAUUUCCUGCAAGCUUACUUCAACGGAGUUUCUGCUUUGAUGGUCAGGAUUAAAUACGAAUACGAACACAUGAUCAAGAACAGCCACCUUGAUGAUGAGAGUGAUGAGCUAGCUCUGAAAACAUCCAGUUUACAACAGUGGGAACAAGUCUUAUUGUUUUCAAUUACAUUCUUGCAGAAGCUGAGCACCAAAGUUGCAGACUCAAGUUCAACAAUUGUGCACGAGACUGAUGUUGCAGUGUUUAAAAUCAAGCAAGAACUUGCUUCUGCUUUGAAUGGAUCAACAUACUCACUUGACUCACUAGGAGAUUACAACAUUCAUUUUGAAAAUGACUGAUUUGCAGGAACAGCCGUUACUGAUGCGAGUACUCAAGUCAAAGUUGUGUCUAUAAUCUGGAAAGUAACUCCGUUGAGCGGAAACUCUCAUGUUAAUUCAGACAGCAGCUUUGCAAUGAUGUCAUUCAGAUUGCUUGAUCAAUAUAGCAAUAUUGUCCCAGCGGUUCCACAUAGAGUUGAAUUUGAAAUUCCCAAUGCUCAAGGAGUCAAACUACAAUGUCAGAAUUACACUUUAAAUGAUCAAUCUUUGCAAGUAUCAAGCUCAGACUGUGUUUACAAUGAAGCUACUGACUUAUCUACACCACUUACAUCCUGCUCAAACUGUACAACUCUUCGAGUGUCGAUCAACUGUUCGUCUCCUUCAACUCUCCAGAUAUCUUCCACAACCCAGCACUCGCCUCAAGAAUCUCACAAGUUCAGUAUCAUCAAAUCGAGUACCUUCCCGUCUCUAGACUCUAAAUCUCUGAACCUAUCAGGCUCGAGUGCAUGGAUAUACUUGCUAACAGGAUUCCUGACCGUCUUCGUAUGCGGCCAACUGCUGAUCUGAUGCGCGGAGAGACAAAAUAAGUUCAAGACCAUUCCAGAUGCAGUCUCCCAAACAGAAGCCAGGUUCGGAUUCUAAAAUUCAACCAUAUAA